CGGACUAUUUGCGUCCAGUCCCUGGUUCUGAAUGAGCGUGUCGUGGACUUGCGACGUGGCUUUUGUUUAGUUUCCAUAUACACAGUCAUUAUCCAAGUCAAAUCGUGUUUUCAUACUAAAAGAAGUGUUGUGCUGACGCCACUUUAUAGUAGAAAAGGCAAUAGAAGAAAAUAAUAAUCUUUAAAACAUUUAACUAUGACUGUCAACGAUCUGGAAUUGAUACGCAAAAAUAAUAACUCCUAGAGGACAGAACGGACGGACAAAUUAUAUCUCAUAAUCACGAUCAUAACACCUGCAUACUUUCCUCUCUCAACAGCACAUUAAGUGUUGAUACGGUAUCUAUUAUUUACGAGAGUUAGUGAGCGAUAAGGUAAUUCUGCUUAGAGUGUUUGUUGCCGGUAGUGUGUUGUGCUGCGAGUGAUCGUCGCAAGAUGUAUUUGAAUAGAGUGCGGAUUUGUAGCUCGCGAUUAGUAGCGGCCCCUACACACUUUGUACGGAGUAUCACAGUGAACAGCACAGCGGUGGAAGUUGAAGAGGGGACUGCUCAGCUCAAGUCAUGGAGGGAGAUCCCGGGACCUUCAUCACUGCCUUUACUAGGGUCUCUGCAACACUUCAUACCCGGCGGCAUGUUCCACAAGUUAGACGGCAUUGACUUUACUCGCAAACUGUACCAGAACUACGGACCAAUUGUGAAAGUUGAUGGGAUGGUCGGCAUGAAUAUGUUAAUAUUCCUAUUCGAUGCGGAAAGCGUUUCACAAGUCCUUCGUGGCGAAAACUGGAUGCCAAUUCGUUUCCCCUCACUGGAAUACUACAGAAAAUACUACAAGAAAAGUAAAGAUCAUGAACAAAAACCAACCGGACUCAUUACGGAACAUCUUCAGCCAUGGAGGGAAUUCCGCUCCGCCGUGAACCCCGUGAUGUUACAACCGAAAACUAUAAAACUAUACACAACUGCAAUAGAUCAGGUCGCCCAGGAUAUGGUCGCCAGAAUGAAAUCUUUACGUGAUGAAAACAACAUGCUGCGUGGGAAUUUCGACGUGGAGAUGAAUCUUUGGGCUCUGGAGUCAAUCGCUGUAGUGGCUCUCGGUACAAGGCUGAAUUGCUUUGACCCGAAACUGACUGACGACUCGCCAGCCAAGAGACUGAUCCAGUGCGUCCAUGACUUCUUUUCUAUCGCCGAAGACUUGGACUUCAAGCCAAACAUGUGGAAGUACAUCACUACACCAAAAUUCAAGAAAGCGAUGAAACUUUACGAAGAUCACGAAAAUCUAUCAAAACAUUUCAUUCAACAAGCAAUGGAAGAAUUAAAAACAAACAAAGGAAAAUCGAGCAACGAGAAGGGCGUACUUGAAAAACUGAUGGAUAUCAAUGAGCAGUUUGCAUACAUUAUGGCUAGUGACAUGCUAUUCGCUGGUGUAGAUACGGCUGCUAACACCAUAACAGCCACGCUGUACCUCCUCGCGACGCACCCAGAGAAACAACAGAAACUGAGAGAAGAACUGCUAUCAAAAUCAGAAAAGAAACCGUACCUGAAAGCGUGUAUCAAAGAGUCCAUGAGGGUAAUGCCAGUGGUGUCUGGAAACAUCAGGAAAACUACCAAAGAGUACAACAUUCUUGGUUACCACAUACCGAAAGACAUGGAAAUUGUUUUCUCUCAUCAAGAGAUGGCACUGAUGGAGCAAUACUACCCGAGACCUAAAGAGUACAUCCCAGAACGUUGGGUGGUUGAUAAAGACGACCCUCUGUACCACGGCAAUGCACAUCCUUUCGCUCAAUCUCCAUUUGGCUUCGGAGUUCGCAUGUGUAUAGGUCGUCGCAUCGCAGAGCUGGAAGUGGAAACGUUCCUUGCUCGGGUCGUGGAGAACUUUAACGUGGAGUGGUUCGGCCCGCCGCCGAAAGUAGUUCAAACCUCGCUUAAUUACGUCAAGGGACCUUUUAAUUUUGUUUUCAAAGACGUUUGAGAAGCUCGUUAUUUCAAUUCGGUAUUUUAUUUCACUGUUGAUAUAUUUUGUUAAAUUAAAAAUAUUAUUAUGCAUGAGAAAAUAUUUGGCCUGAGUAACUCGAUCAACUUACUUUCGAAUUAAAAAAGUUUCUCAGAUAGACCUUGACAAUUUGACUAGCCACAUUGAAGGAUUUUUGCAAUAAAUUCUUGAACUAAUAAUUGUGGCGGUCACUUUUUCUGCAUGACUGAUUUAAUUAUCCAACAAUGUCUAAUGGUCGGUUUGGAAAUCGUUCAGUGAGACCUGUUCAACACAGAUUGAUCUAAUAUAGCCCGCUUCUUACCAAUGCCUAGUUUUAAAAAUUCUAAUAAAACAUUGCGAAUUAUACAGGUUCAUGGGUCUACGACCACACACAGAAUUGCAUCUGCAAAAGGUUACAAAGGCAUUGUCAUUUUGUAAAUAUCUAUUUUUUUUUAUUUAUUGCGUCGUAAUUGUGGCAAGGUUAUUAUAUCCACUUAAUAUAUAAAAAUAAAAGAAAUUUUAAAUACU